AUGCCAAUCCAGCGCAAGAAAAGCUCGGAGAUCAAGCUCUACUGCGCUUUGCUCAAGCAAUUCCUCAACGCAAGAUCCCUCAACGAGGGAAAGCGCAUCCACGAGAUUCUCGCGUCCAGGGGCUACGAUCAAGAGGCAUACUACGGGAAUCUUCUCAUCUCCUUAUACGGAAUGUGUGGCUUAGUCAGGGAUGCCGAGGCUGCGUACGCAAAGGUCUAUAAUCCAAGUGAUAUCACUCACGCGGCUAUGAUAGCCGCAUAUGCCCAGAACGGGCAUAUUCGAGAGGCGGAGGAGGUGUUCUUUCCAAUCAAGGAAAAGGGGCCAAAAUGCUAUCUAGACAUGCUCAAAGCCUACUUGGUUAACGGUAUGUUCUCUAAGGCAAGCUUUUUGUUUGAUUCUAUGCCGGAAAAGCGCUGCGAGGACUGGAAAGCUAUGGUAGAAGCAAAUGCCCGGUGUUGGCAUUUUCAGAGAGCCGUGGACUACUUUGAGAGGAUGGCGUACAGGGAUUUGGAGACCUUCCAGUACAUGAUGGACGUGUACGUCAGCUGCGGGGAUCUAACUAGUGCCAGGCAUUUUUUCAACAUAGUGCCGUACAAGGGCGUGGCGACGUGGAAUGAGAUGAUCCUAGCAUAUGCCCAGCGGGGGCACGUAGAGCAAGCGCUGGGAGUGUUUCGUCUCAUGGACCUGGAGGGAAUCGAACCCAACCAGGCGAGCUUCGUGCGCGUGUUCGACUCCUGCGCCGUGGCGUCCGCGCUCCGGGAGGGAAUCGUGGUGGCCGGGCUGUACGGAGGAGGUGACGUGGUGGUGCUGACCAGCGCGGUCAACAUGUACGCCAAGUGCGGGAGCCUGCCGCACGCGGAGGAGCUCUUCUGCCGCGUGCGGCAGAGGUGCAAUGACGACGCGGUGCUGUGGACGACCAUGGUGACGGCAAAUUCGCAGAGUGGCGACCACCGUGGGGCACUGCGGGUGUUCCACCGGAUGAUUCAGGCCGGCGGCGCGGCUCCCAGCGACGUCACGAUGAUUACCGUCCUGUCGGCGUGCUGCCAUGCUGGUGAGUUGACUGCCGCGGUGGACUACUUCCGUGCAAUGGGCCGCGAGUACGGCGUGGCUGUUACCGCAGACCACUACGUGUGCGUGGUGGACUACUUUGCGCGGUGUGGUGACCUGGCCAGCGCCGAGGAUCUUCUGCUGAAUAUGCCGUUUGAGCCGGAUCCCGCGGCGUGGGUCGCGCUGCUGAGCGCUUGCCGGACGAGCAGCGAUUGGCUCCGGGGUUUGCGGGCGGCGGCGGCGGUGAUGGAGCGGGCGCUGAUCGAUUGGAUUCGGGAUAGAAAUGCCAUUGCGAGUGGCCUGGCGUCAAUCCAUCGCUUCUAUGGGCCUGUUCUUCGCGGCUGUGGCAGCUUGGCCCUGGGGCGGCGCCUCCACGCGGAGAUUGCUCGAUCCGGACGGCUGGACAGGGAUGUGUUCUUGGGAAAUCUCCUCGUCCAGAUGUAUGGGCGCUGCGGUAGCGUCCGCGAUGCGGUGGCGGCGUUUGGGGAGAUUGCCGCGAAGAACAGCUUCUCGUGGAACAGCCUCCUUGUCGCAUUUGCCCAGAAUGGAGAUUUUGGGGCCGCAGAGCGUGUUUUCCAUCGCAUGCCAUCCAGGAAUUUGGUUGCCUGGAACGCGAUGCUCGCGGCUUGUAGAGAUUCUAGUGCGUUCUUGGAAACCGAUCGUGUGUUUGUGAGCGCGCCGGAGAGAGAUGUGGUGUCCUGGACAACAAUCCUCGCAGCAAAUGCCGCGAGCGGUGAACUGGCAAUCGCUGAGCUAGCGUUCCACAAGAUGCCCGAGAGGAACAUCGUCUCUUGGAACUCAAUCCUCACGGCGUACGCCCAGAACGGGCACCCCCAGAUGGCUCUCUCGCUGUUCCAGGCGCUGCUCCUGGAUGGGAUUCCUCCCAACAAGGUGACUUUGCUCAUCGCUCUGGAUGCCUGCUCCACUACACCAGCGGCUACUCGCCCGAUCGAAGCUGCAAGCGACGAGCUUGGCCUUGGAUCGGACACCGAGAUUGGAACCGCGCUCGUCAACUUGCAUGGGAUGAAGUUCGGAUCGCUGGACAAGGCCGUGAGAUGCUUUGAAAGAGUCACGUCGAGAGACACGGUGCUGUGGACGUCGAUGCUCGCGGUACUUGGUCGUCACGGGCGACUCCAAGAGGCCAGGAACUUGUUCGAUGGGAUGAUCCCUCUGGAGCGCGACUUCGUGGCCUGGAAUGCGAUGAUCGGAGCCUAUGCUCAGGCUGGGCAUCCCAGAGAAGCGCUGGAGCUCUUCGUGCUCAUGGACUUGGAAGGCUUCCAGGCAGACAGGGUGACGUUCGUGGUCGUGUUAGAUGCCUGUGGAAGUGUUGGGGAUCUCCAAACUGGGAGUGAGAUCCACCGAGAGAUUUGCUGCCGCGAUAGUCUACUCUCAAAUGCUGUUGUCGGGACUGCGCUCGUCGAUUUGUAUGCCAAGUGUGGCAGGCUCGAAGAUGCCGUGCUUGUGUUCCAGCAAAUGCCCAGCAGGAACGUCGUCUCCUGGAACGCUCUCGUUUCGGCUUGCGCGAGAAACGCUCGCCACCUUGAUGCCAAGAAAGUUUUUGAUGGAAUGCCACAGAGAGAUAUCGCGUCAUGGAACUCAAUGCUUGCCGCGUGCUUUCACGGAGGAGAGUUUCGCCGGGGGAUCGAGCUGUUUGUCGAAAUGGACGUGGAAGGAAUCCAGCACGACGCCAUUUCGCUUGUCUCUGCCUUGGACGCCUGUGCAAGCUUGCCAGAUCUUGUCCACGGCAAGCUCGUCGUCGCCGCUGCCAACGCCGAGCUCUUGGACGGUCUGAGAGUCGGCACCGCAGUGCUGAACUUGUAUGGAAAAUGCGGCUGCCUCCAAGAAGCUCGGAGUGUGUUCGAAAGAAUGGUGGCGUUCUCGAGGCCGAGUGCUCCGCUCUGGAACGCGAUGAUCGCAGCAGUGGCACACAGCGGGGAGUCCAAAGCUUCCAUGGAGCUCGUCUGCAGCAUGCUACUCCAUGGGAUCCAGCCCGAUGAAGUAACUCUCCUCGCGUCGCUCACGGCUUGUAGCCACGCCGGCACCAAGUUCUCGCACCUCCACCCCAUCCUUGACGAUCACUUCGGUGCGAAGUUGUCUCAGGAACACUACACUUGCCUCGUAGAUCAUCUGGGCCGGAGCGGCAGGAUGGGAGAGGCCGAGGAGCUGCUCGAAGCCAUGCCUUUCAAACCGGACCAGGUGUCCUUGGUGGCUCUGCUUGGCGCUUGCGGACUUCAAGGCGAUCUCUCUCGCGGACAAAGAGCUUUCGCAAAGCUUGGCGAGUUCGAAGAUCACGCAGUCACAGCGAUUGGCUGUAAGGAAUUGUUGCAUGAUGCAUAG